AUGGAGGAGGGGGCCUUGGGACCACCCGCCCAGCUCGCAUACACGCUUCAUUCACAAAGCGCAAUCACCAGAACCAUUGGCCGAGCAGCAAUCGGGGACACGCUGGUCGAAUUUGGGAUUGAUGAAAGCGGCUCUACCACAUUUAUGGAUGGCCAACGUAUAGGCGUUUUGUCUCCAGGAGGAUCCAGCGGUGAGGCUCGCGUGAAAUGUGUAACCAAUCCCGCCGUUGGCGAAGCUGCUUUGAGCCGACAUGGGACUUUGCUUAGCACUGGCGCGCCAUCCGGAAGAAAUGCUGCAGAAUUGAACUGUCUUCUCGGGAACUCGUCAGCUAAACUAAGAGCAGGAGCGUUGCUACUCCCACAACCUGGCCUGGGUCAAGUCACGCGGCACGACUUAACGGCCCUUGAGCAAGCUAAGCCACGCGCUCGGGUGGAGGUCGACAUUAUCUUGGGGAGCGAUACUUGCGUCGAAGGAACCGCGCUUACCGGCCGCAUCUUGGUGAAUAUCCGGGACCGCCUCCCCAAGGAAUCAGCAAUCAUGAUUGGCGGCGGAAAACUGAGGCUCAUUGGUUUCGAAUCUAUUUCUAACGAACAUACUCGGCACAUGUUCUAUCAGUGUGGCUCCCCAAUAUCGGCUAUCUCCAAGGGUUCCGACGCUAUGUAUGGAUCAAAACUGGACCAGGAAGGAUUCGGUUUGGCCCGCGAAGGUAAUUAUAUCCUACCAUUCUCGUUACCCAUCCCGUUAGACGGCGAAUUUGGAAAGCCCAAAGGUCCAUAUACGAAUUCUGGCGUAGCGGUCCGGUAUAUUGCCAUGAUCUCCCUUAAAGUGAAAGAUAUAUGCACCAGCAAACGGUCUAUAACGCAUUUCUAUCGGUAUUGUAUCGUAUGGCCACGACUUAAUCCCUCUGCCAUCUUAGCUCCCUCGAUCAAACCACUUCGUUCGUCUGUCUCCAAAAGUCUUUUCAUGGGCGGCAACGGCAAAGUUGAACUCACGGCAAGUCUCCAUCGACCCGGUUGGGUAGCUGGCCAACAAUGCUGUGUUUGCAUCUCCAUUGUGAACCACACGAACAAGCGAAUCAAGCGUAUAUCCAUGUCGUUAGUUCGUUCAGUCAUUGUCUUCGUCCCGCAGCCCGAAUUGGACGCGUCGUCAAGAUGCUCAGGAGACAUCGAUCCGGAUUCUUGCCAAACUUCGACCUCUCGAAAGCAAGUCGCAGAAUCGAUCUUAGAAAUGGGCACUUUUGGAAACAAAGGCCGUGCCAGCGCGAAAGGCUGGUGGACAGGUGUGGCGCCCAAUGAACGUUACGCCUUCAUGCAUACCAUCCUGCUUCCUUCAGAUGCAUUAACACUGAAGCGUUCAAGGUUGCUGGAAGUGAAAUAUGAACUCUGUGUUACCGCGAGCGCGGGCCCGCUUUCAUCCAACCCUGAAGUUAUACUGCCAAUCGACAUUGUGAACUUCUUUUCUUUGGACCCACCACCGAGUUCCGCUUUCUCACCGGUAAUUGAGACUAGCAACGAGUCUCGCCACGGCCCGCCAGUUCCCCGUGUUGGGGUGCAGUUAGAUCGACCCACAGCUUCGAACAUUUUUGUUUCCGAUGAAAAUCAUGGGUCGGAUAUACCUUCCGACGAGCUCCCCCUAGAAAGCCUGGCUUAUGACACUACCGAUUCACUGGAGCAGCGAUCGCUUGGAAAUAGCGACCACGAUUCAUCUGACGACCAGGAACAAACUGACGAGGCGGAUGGUCCUGAACUUGGGAAUCUUGCCUUACGGGAUGACUGCGACGAUUUCGUUCAACACGCUAUUAAUUCGGCCAGGAUUGAUUCGAUUUACGGCGAGAAUGCGCUAAGAUUUUCUGAUUUAUACGUGCAAGACACACAAGAAUCUUCGAACGCCUUGAUUGAGAUAGAAGAAGGUUUUGAACGGGAUGGCGAUCAGUUCGAGGAACGAAUGCAGGCGCUAGAAAGUCCUAUUGACAAAUUCUGCGACGCGACUAGACCUAGCACACCUGUGCGUGAAGAUCACCGCUCGCACGACUUGCCACCUUCUCAUCAAAUUGCGACGGGAUCGCUGCGAUAUGGACCUAGGCCAAAUCGACCUAGUAGGCCCUCUUUUGCUGCACGAGUUCAAGAAAAGAUGAAAGCAGCGGGUUUUGAUCAAGCCCAUAACUUUGGCUCUGAAGCCGAGCAAUUUGACUUUGAGGACGCUCAUGAACCUGAUUUGGGCAAAAUUCACAGCUUAGCGAUAUCGGACCUCAACGCGGAGCCGCCUACAGACGACCAUCUGAUCUCCACUACCCACACCAACUCACAGGUUGGAGCGCAAUUGCCCUCUAACGGUUCGAGGAUGUUACCUCGACCUCCCGACUCGGAAGGACCAAUCGCGCUGUCAAUGAUGGAGAACGAUGCCCCGAACGCUUCCAAGACUCGGUCCGAAACUCCUUCAUCCGUUCGGCCACCGCUACUUUCUGAACCGCUGACCGACAGUGCAUGUGUCGACAAGCAACAACCUACUCGCCCAGCAAACUCCCUCGAUGAGAACGAAGUAAACUCCCUCGGUGAGAACGAAAGUCCGGUCAAGAAGAGAAUCCGAGAAAUGGAAGAGAGACUCAGGGCACAAACAUAA